GGAGCUGCUUGGAGGCUCAAUAGCACGAAAAUCUGUCUUCUCUCAGCCUCGUCCGCAGCAAUCGGCUGAACCUUCAACACAUCGCAGCAAUAGGGCCUCAGGCCCAUUCCUUUACCACUCCUCUCAUCGCCGCAAUACCAUUUCAUAUUCGAGUUAAACAGAAAUGGUUUUUGCCGAGUUCUUAAUUACCCUAGGCAGAUUCAUCGUAUCCCGGGGGAGUAAAGAUGCCCGCUUCAGGCAGGAUAGCGAGUUCCGUCUUGAUGUCUACCGAGUGCAGUACCAUGAGAUGAAAAAGCAUGGUUUCUUGACACCGUAUCUAUGUUUCAUCUGCCCCGGCUUCCCAAAACGUCUUUUCUCCUUGCAGUGGUUUAUCUUGCCGUCCGAGAACCCCGAACUCUGCAAAUACAAGGAUGCGCAGCUGUCGGAAUUUGCAAUGACUGCUGUUGCGGGAGCCAUUAUUGCGCAAGUUGCAAUCACGGCACUGUCACUUCCUCUAUUGGAAAACGCCCACUGGAUGACGACGACACUCUUCAUUACAAGCCUAGUUUCUGGGUGCCUUUCCGUAUAUGCGGCUUGUAUUCUCCAUCGGGAAAUGGGCCUGUUCACAGAUGGGAAACAUAUACGUAUCUGGCUAACCACAUUUGAUAAAGAGCACUGGCAUCCGCCAUGCAGGUCCGAUUACCAAGAUGCCAGCAUGGGAGAGAAGACGGAGACGAAGCCACAGCCCCAACAACGUCAUAGACAAAAUUAUGAAAUGCCGAGAAGGUUUGAAAUGGGCAGCCGGGCAAAUUCCUUUGUAUCCGUGGGAGGCGUGUCAGUGGGAGGGAGGUCAGCGCAGACUGUUGCGCAAAUCAACAGUGAUGCUAGUGUAACAGCGGCAUUGCUAUUGGAGGCUCCUCGAACACUACUUGACCUCUCUGUCAGCUCCUUCCUCUGCGGAUUCGGUCUAUAUUUGGCGCUUUUAUGGAACAAGAACCUCCGAGCUGCCAGCGAAGCUACACAGCCCACGGAGUCCGGCCCUCCGACGCUGUCGCACGACCGGAAUAUCUUCAUCUCGUUCCUUAUUGUCACAAGCCUUUGCUAUUUCGGCAUCUAUGCCAUCCCCGAUCUUCUUAGGAACCUUGACGUAGGGUCAUUUUGGUUGAAUGGAGUCAAACGAUUUGUUGCAGUUUUUUAUCAAAUUCGGCAGCCUGCCACGAAGUCCUCCUCCACGGUGCCCUCUCCCCCGAGCACUCCAGAGCGGCCUCCCUGGCAUCAGUCCAAAGAGAAUUUACAUGUUAAGUUUGGAUCGGCCUCAGUGGUCUCUUCAGGAAACUCCCUUUCGCUGUCGGAUCACUACAAACUGUCCAACCCCGGGCAACCAAAGGUCACAGGAGCACAGUCCUUCCACGAUCUAAACCGCAAAGACCACGACAACUGUAUGAGCUCACAAUCGGUAAAGAGUUUUCCAGGCCAUCAGCCUGAAAGCUUGAAGGAGGAAGCAAAGGUGCAAGCAAACAAGCCUUGGGAAAGAAUUCCUAGCGCCAAAGUCAGGGAAGAGUGGGAUACCUUUGUGCGCAAUGCACCGGUCUUGAAUGAAGCUAAGCGGGCUUCUGAAUCACCAUUUUCCCUUCGUAGUCCCCCGCCCGGUCCUUAUUACUACCAAGACACCUACUCUUCGUUCGAACUCGACCGGACUGGACCUUUUACUCGCUCGCAGAACAUGAUAGAUGCUCUCAAAGCAUCGACGAAAGCUCAGGAGGAAAGCUCGGAGAUGAUCAGGGCCCUGGUCGCCCAGCUGGAGCGACUUCAUAAACUUGGAGGUUCAGGGACCGUGAAUCAAGAGGCGCCGGCCGCGGACGAGUGAUGUUGCUGGAACGCGCCGACGCUGACAAGGAAAAGUGGGAAGUACAACAGUGAUUCCAGCAGUACGGGAAGUCGACCUGCAGUCUCUAUCCAGUCAACCUCAAAGUUACAGAAUCGAGCAGCUGUGCUAGGUUCAUAAAUUGAUGUAAAUUGAUAAAGGUGAUGCAACCAGAACACGAGGCUAUAGGAAGACGCCCAACACAACCAUAGCCAUGUCCACCCCUCAAGCGUCAGGCGUCUCGAAGCUUCUAAGUUCCUUAAGCGAAUUGUAUGGUCUACAAGAAACUGCCACGGAGAAUCUGAGGACAUUCUCUACAAUCGCAAUUGGUUGGAGUUGUUUUAGUACGUAAUGGAGAAGUGGAGUAAUGAAGAACAAAG